GAGUUAGAAAAAAUAAAAGUAUUAUUACUAAACUUGAGUCUAAGAAUGCUGAGCUUAAAGCUAAACAAAUAUUAAAGAGCAAACAGUGUGAAGAAAUAAAUACUUCAUUAUCAAAAGAAGCAAUAUCAGAAGUUUUAUCUUCCAGCUCUAA